GUGAAGUGCGGUACAGGACGCUCAACACUCGCUUACAUCAUGUACGGGUGUUACUGUGGAGUAGGAGGAGAGGGGUGGCCCCGAGACCCUGCUGACUGGUGUUGUCACAAGCACGACUGCUGUUACGCCAAAGUUGAGGAUCGAGGCUGUCACACCAAGACACAUACAUAUCCAUGGAGCUGUGACAGCCAAUCACUGGACUGCGGCUCUCUGACAGACCGCUGUGAGAAGAUGUUGUGUGUGUGUGACCGAGAAGCAGCGCAGUGUCUGAAAAAAGCACCAUAUAACUUCAAAUACGCAGCAUGGCCCGACUUCCUGUGUGGACCUGAACUACCGACAUGCUAAUGUAGCUAACAGGCUUAGCCGCUAACAUGUUAGCAUUGUUGUGGAGUUGGUCAGCGUCUCACACAGCUUCACCUCAAGGACAAAUCACUUUCUUCUUCAUUAAAUAAUGUUAUUAUUUUUAUGAAAGUCAUUAAUAAUGUUAUUUGAAUCGAGCGUGUGGUGAAGUAAGCCUCCAUUUUGCAUGAUGCUAAUCUGGCUUGUUAGCCUUACAUUAGCCUCGUAGCUCAAGUCCACAAAUAAAGUAAACAUCAGACACCGAUCACAUCUGACAGGUUUUUUUUUUUUAUGUAAAUGAGACGUUUUGGACGUAUUAUUUAUAAUUAAAACAUCACUUUGACACCA